GAACGAAUACCCAAGAGAGCAGUUUUAGGAGUCUUAAUGUUUUUAGCAUGCAUGUUUUCAUAUGUCAUUCGUACAAAUUUAUCCAUUGUAAUUGUUGCGAUGGUAAAUGCAACAGCUAAAAAAGGCCGGAAAGGUCCAUUCUGUAGUGAUUUACUGUCUAAUUCAACAAAAACAGUUAUACCUGAUAUUGAUGAAAGAUAUACUUGGAGUCAACAAGUUCAAGGAGCGAUUUUAUCAUCAUAUUUUGUCGGUCCUUUGUUAUCAAGUGUUCCGUCAGGAAUGUUAGCUGAAAAAUUCGGAGGUGCUCGAGUUGCUGGAUACGCUACUUUGAUACCAGCAUUGUUGAAUCUUUUGAUGCCGGUAGCUGCUAAGUGGCAUUAUUCUGUGGUUAUUAUAUUACGUUUUUUGAUGGGUUUCUCUGGGGUAAGUGGACCAUUUGGAGCCUUCGUAACAUUUACUCUCUGCUCUUUGAUAAUAAGUUCCCUUGGUUGGCACGCAGCAUACUACAUAACCAGCGCUUUGAUGCUACUCUUCUGGCUGUUCUGGGUUUGGCUAGCCUACGACACACCGGACGUCCACCCAACAAUAACAGAUGAAGAAAAAACCUACAUCAAGGAGCAAAUAGGAUCAAGCGUAAGUAAGCAGAAGGUGGCAUUGCCAAUCGUAGCAAUGGCAACAUCUCCACCAUUCUUGGUUUUACUUUGGGCGCAUUUCGCGAACAUGUGGGGAAUUUACUUCCUUUCCACAAACGGUCCAAAAUACACCCUGGAAAUCCUGGGCCUGGACAUGAAAUCCGGAGGAUUCCUCACGGGGUUGCCUUACAUCGCUAGAUUGGGCGCUGGCGCUCUGUUUGCAGCUGCUGGAGAUGCGAUAAGAAAGCGCAAUAUUUUGUCAGUCAUCUGGAUCCGUAAAUCGUUCAUGAUUUUCUCUCACGUUGGUCCAGGUGUCGCGUUACUUAUUAUGACUUACGUUGAGUGCGAUGCCGUCGCUGCAAUGUCCAUGAUGAUCCUAGCCCUGGCUUUGAAUGGAGCUGCUUGUCAGACCAGCUUGCAAAAUCACCAAGAUCUUGCGCCAAAUUUCGCUGGAUCACUCUACGGAAUUAUGAACGUUUUUGGAAGUGUUCCUGGGUUCGUUAUUCCUGCUGUUGUUGGUGCGUUGACUAAUCAUCGCAAUGGUAUUGAAGAGUGGCGCUGGAUGUUCUGGAUUUCUGCUGUUGUAUUCUUCUCCGCUACUGUAUUAUUUUGGAUCCUUGGAUCUGCUAGUAUCCAGCCCUGGAAUGAUUACAAUAAAAGUAUUGUCACUGCUAAUAUUGGUGAGGAAGAAAAUAAAAUUAAUGAAGUUAAUGGCAAAGAAGUUGCUGUUCAAAGCGAAGAUGAAGAAAAUGAACGGUUGUAA